AAAUUGGAAAUUUAUCUAAUUUUAUUAAAUAUACGCAGAAUUAGCCCGACAUAUAUUUGGAGGCACUGCUGAGAGCGAGAUUAUUUUCUCAUAUUGGUACAAAUAGUGAAAAACCAUUCCAAUACUUCUGUCAAGCUAAUUAUUUUGUUUAUUAAUUAAGACCAUGAGUGUUGCAAGCAGUGAGAAUGGGAAUACCCCAGAGCAAAUGAUCCACAGAAUUGUUGAAUUCAUAUAUACACGGGUAAAAUUUGAUAUAGGGAUGGAUGUUUGGAUUAAUGAUUUGAAGAGAAAUGCUAGAGCAGACCUUAAUGAUAUCUGGGCAACAGACGGCCUGGUUGAACGCUAUUUAACAUGUAUGAACUUAGCCUCUAACAGUUCAGACAAAGAAAAAAAAUUAAUAUGUGCCCUACCUCCUGUUUUAUAUGCAUUAAUGGAGGUAGAUACCCUAUCAAAAGCUAGAAAAGAAAAUGUAGAAAAAUUGAGGUCUCAGUUACAUGAGAUAGAAUCAGAUAUCCAACAUAUGAAAUCUGAUAAAAACCAAUUAGAGAUAGAUAUCUCAAACAAGGAAGCUUUUAUUAGGGAUUUAGAAACCGAUGCUGAACGUAGUCGCAUAGCAUACUGUAAGCUCAGAAAGGAUUUCGAAGAAUUACAGCAACAGCACAUUAAAAAUCAACAGUCAGGUGUAUAUGGUGUGGAGAGAUCUCCUGAUCCUCCAAUAAUCACUCCCCAAUAUAAAAAUUGGGCACCAUAUAUUUCUAGAGCCAAACCAAUUGAUAAUGUUGAUUCAGAGGCACAAGAUGUUUUGGGCCGGUUGGCUGAAGCUUGCCAAGCUGUGACCACCUUAAUAGGUAAUCACAGAACAAGGGUUCUUAGAGAUUCUUCUUCAGACACGUCCCCAGAGAGGAAUGUGAGGAAUGUGCAAAAUCAAACACCUAUGUCAAAUAUAUCCCAUAGAAGUAGUGUAUCCAAUACUGAUGCAAGUGAAGUUGAGAGUGAUGAGAGAGUAUGGGGAUCCGGUCCUUUCCCAAACAGGGGGAAGAAUACCCAUAAGAGGGGUUCAAAAGGGAAAAAUCCCCAAUCUCCAAAAGAAAAACAAAAUUCUGCCAGCAUAAUUAAAUUUUUGAAUAUUGCUAUACCAAAAUUUUCUAAGAAAGGUUCUUCCCAAAUUGCAAACCACUUAGAACUAUAUGAAUCUACUAUGGAUUCAUUAAAAUUAUCUGAGGCAGACAAAAUCAGGUUUCUUCCAUGGGCCUUUGAUGACAGAUACCGUCAUUACUUUUCCUCCUUUAAAGAGAGAGGAAUCACCAAAUGGCAGUCAGUCCUACAUGAAAUUAAAUCAGAAUUUGGGCCCUAUCGAACUACCACUGCCGCAAAGAGAGAAAUUUAUAAACUCACAUGUAGAUCUAAUCAAAGCCCUCGAGAAUUUCUCUCUGUACUUAAAAAUGCCUAUGGUUUAGCUUACAGAAACCCCGAUUGGGAAUCUGUGGAAUUUAAACAGGUAUUCUAUGAGGCCUUACCAACCCAGAUCAAAUUAAGUCUAGCUCAUGAUCUGGAUUUUGAAAACCCUCUAGAAAGACUGGUAACAUCAGCAACUUUGCUGUUUAACAUUAGUGAGGGCCAAAACUUAAAUGAUAGGAAAUUUAAAAAAUUCCCAGAGCACAAUGUUGAUGAGUCCAGGGUAAAACCUCAUUUAAAUUUUGAGUCCCAGCCAAAGAAAAUACCUUCAGCCACUGGACCUAAUCAACAAAACCAAAAACAGCUAAAUCCCAGAAAAACUAAACCUCAAAUUGCCAAGGGGUCAGAAGGAAAUAGUUCAGGUUCUGGAAGCCAAGGUUACUGUCCUCGUUUCAACCAAGGGUACCAUGGAUACCGAGGUAACCAAAGAUAUGGGGGUUACCAAGGAUACCGGGAUCCCCAGGGAUACAGACGUUGGAACAAUAGGCCCAGGCAGCAAUGGAGAAAAGGGCAGGAAUCACCAGAUUCACCCAGGGGUAAAUCACCCACAGGGAACCAAAAUGGUCCACGGAAUCAAAACCCAGGUAGACCUAGCAGAUUUGAUCAGCUUGCAGAUCAGGUUUCCAAGUUAACUGACAUUGUAAGUAAAUUAUCUCAAGUUUCUGCAGGAAAACAACCUGAAGUUUUUUUUAGAGGAAAAAGCGGGGCCAAGCUCUGCCAAAUAAAGGAAGCAGAAUCAAAUUGCUAUAUGGAAAUGGACAGGAAAGAAUUAAAUACAGUCAAUGAUCAUGUUUUGCAUUGCCCCGACCCUGAAUUCAGGGCCGGGAAGGGAAAAUCUAAUAUUUCAUCUGUUUUACAGCCUAAUAAGGACAAUUCUUAUAAUCCGGUGUUAAUUGAACCAGUGUGUGAAGUACCUUCGGUUCAGUCUGUUCCAUUAAUAGAGUCCAUAGGAACACAAAUGCCCUGCAGACAGAACAAGGAGGAGCAAUCUCCAAAUAUCCUGAUGCUGCAGAGAGAUCACUUUUUAAGUCAACAGAUGAUAAAACACUCCAAUUUCCUCUGUAAUAUCUUACAGUUAGAUGGCCGGUAUUUUAUAGAUAUUUGUCUCCCGGAUGGAUGUGUCGGACCAAUCCAAGGUUUACUGGAUACCGGAUCUCAGGUCACUAUUUUGUCUUUCAGCUAUUUCCAACAGAUCUUAGAGUCCUCAAAGAAUAAACCGAGAUUGACGGUAUUUGAUGGAUCUCUGGUAAGUGUAGGUGGUGAUAGUCUACAAGUGAAAGGCAAGUCCUGGCUGACAUAUAAGAUUGGUAAAAAGACCAUUAGACAUCCAACAUUGAUUGUAGAUCUUCCAUAUGAUCGGCUGAUCAUUGGAAUUGAUCUGCUCAAAAGGUUAAGAUCCAUAAUUGACUUUAUUAAUGAAGCAAUAUGGACUCAGGUAAAAACCCCAAUCUCUUUUGAACGUUCCCACAAUGCAAAACCGCAAAAUAGUUGCCAUAUGAUUGAAGAAAGACCUAAUUCUGUCGAAAUCCAUUUCCGGAACAGUCAGGUACCAGAUGUCUCAAUCCUAAAAAACGGUAAACCUGAAGAAAGCAUUAAUACUUCCUUCCACAUCAUUAAUAUCCAAAAGGACAAAAUUGAAAAGAUAAUCCUAGAGGAUGAUGUGUUAACCAUUUCUCUUAAAGGGGGAAAUCGGGAAGUAGCAGGCAUAACCAGACAUAUCCAAUCAUUGGUUAAAAUCGAGAAGACCAAUGAUACUAUGCUGGUUCCCGUACAGGUAAAUAAUAUUGCCCGGGUGAAAUAUGCCAAGCUGGAUCUCAAAUCCGAAGUCAGCUAUAUAAGUUUAGGACUUCUAAAGCAGGUUACAAAUCCUCAGAUGAUUAAAUUUUCUUCCUUACAGGAAUGGGUUUAUGACCUGGACAAAGACGACCAGAGUCAAAAUGUGAUUGCAAAAUGCAUUUUAUCUAUCUCCCUAGGAAACAAAUAUGCGGAACACGUUUUCAAUGUGUUAAAGGAACCGCAACAUCAAAUGUAUUUAGGAAAUGACAUUAUACAUCGGUUUGCCAUGCAAGAUGUGUAAUUCUAGUGUAUGCGCAUCACUG